UCAUUUAUUUUAAGCAUUCUCUUCGUGUAAAAGAUAGUUGGUUAUUAUGUGCAAGACAAAAAUUAAAAAAAAAUGAUCAAGAUUUUGAUGAUUUAACUGAACGAUAUAAAAAUUAUUUAAAAUGGUUAAUAAAUUGGUCUUGUUCGAAUUUAUAUUUGGAAGGAUCUUAUGCUCAACGUCAUUUAUCUAUUUUAAUUCUUCAUUGGUUAAUUCAUUUACAUGGAAAUCAAGGAAUUGAAACUAUUUGUCAAAAAUUAAAACUUUAUAUAUUUAUUGAAUUAAUUGAUAAAAAUUCUAUGGAAUAUUUAUUCAAUUGUUUAUGGGAUACAUAUGAAGAUAUACGUCAAUACUCUCUUGAUAUUAUAAUUAAAUUGAAUGUAAGUUUUUAUUUCUUUCAUAAAUAA